AUGGUGAUGCUGGUUCGCGAGUCAUCGCGUACCGUGGCAAUCGCGACCGCGUUGCUCUGCUUAUUGAGUGGCUUCAAUUGUCUCAAUGGAGUGCUGGGCGCUGGCAAGGUGGACGACUCGAAGGGUCCCGUCUUCCUGAAGGAACCGACCAACCGCAUCGAUUUUUCCAACUCGACCGGCGCCGUUGUUGAGUGUAGCGCAACCGGCAAUCCGCCACCGGAAAUGAUCUGGAUCCGCAGCGAUGGUACGGCCGUUGGUGAUGUGCCCGGACUGCGGCAGAUUCUGCCGAACGGAAAUCUGGUGUUCCCACCGUUCCGGGCCGAAGAUUACCGGCAGGAGGUGCACGCCCAGGUGUACGCAUGCAUGGCCAAGAACCAGUUCGGAUCGGUUAUCUCACGCGAUGUCAACGUGCGUGCCGUUGUGCAUCAGCACUAUCAGAUCCGCGUGAACGAUGAGUUCGUGUUGAACGGCAAUGCGGCCAUCCUGAAGUGUCUGGUACCGUCCUUUCUGCAGGAUUUCAUUACCAUCGAAUCGUGGGACAUUGACGAUCAAACUGUCAUGAUCGAUGCGGAUGAAUCGACGAUGGAUGGCAAAUACAUGGUUCUGCCCUCCGGUGAGCUGCACAUCCGUGAAGUUGGACCUGAGGAUGGUUACAAGAGCUACCAGUGCCGUACGAAGCAUCGCCUCACCGGGGAGACACGUCUUUCGGCCACCAAGGGACGAUUGGUGAUCACAGAACCACUUGGUAGGGUGUCUCCCAAGCUAGACUCCACUUCCAAGAUCGUGACGGCAGAGGCAAGGCGUAGUAAUACGAUCGCCUUGCUUUGCUCCGCUCAGGGCUACCCGAUAGCCGUUUUUAGAUGGUACAAAUACAUCGAAGGCACUCAGCAGAAGAAGGCCGUUGUGUUGGACGACCGUGUGAAGCAAGUGUCCGGUACACUCAUCAUCAAGGAUGCGGUAGUAGACGACUCCGGCAAGUACCUGUGCGUGGUGAACAACUCGGUUGGCGGCGAAAGUGUGGAAACUGUCCUGACGGUGACGGCACCGCUAGCGGCAAAGAUUGAACCACGCACGCAAACGGUAGACUUUGGCCGUCCGGCAGUAUUUACCUGCAAGUUUUCGGGCAAUCCGAUCAAAACCGUUUCCUGGAUGAAGGAUGGCAAAUCACUCGGUCACAGCGAUGCGGUGUUGCGCAUUGAGUCGGUGAAGAAAGAGGACAAGGGCAUGUACCAGUGUUUCAUUCGCAACGAUCAGGAAAGUGCACAGGCUAGCGCAGAGCUCAAGCUUGGCGGACGGUUUGAUCCACCGAUAAUUCGUGAAGCAUUCCCCGAGGAAACGCGUCAUCCAGGACCCUCGGUAUUUUUGAAGUGUGUCGCCGGUGGUAACCCGACGCCCGAAAUCAGCUGGGAAUUGGACGGAAAGAAAAUAACGAACAGCGAACGCUAUCAGGUCGGACAGUACGUGACGGUGAAUGGUGACGUUGUGUCACACUUGAAUAUUACAUCGAUCCAUUCGAACGACGGCGGUUUGUACAAGUGUAUGGCGAGCAGUAAGGUCGGUGUUGCGGAACACUCGGCGAAGCUAAAUGUGUAUGGUCUACCGUACGUCCGGACGAUGGAAAAGAAAGCGAUAGUGGCUGGCGAAACGUUGAUAGUUACCUGCCCGGUAGCGGGAUAUCCGAUCGAAUCGAUUGUUUGGGAACGAGACAACCGGCAACUACCCAUCAACCGCAAGCAGAAAGUAUUCCCGAACGGUACUUUAAUCAUCGAAAAUGUCGAACGAAACUCGGACCAAGCUACCUACACCUGUGUGGCGAAGAAUUCGGAAGGAUAUACCGCGCGUGGUACGCUGGAAGUUCAAGUUAUGGCUCUGCCGGUAAUUAAUCCGUUCCACUUCGAGGAUCAGGUCGAUUCGGAGGAAAGCGUCCAGGUUACCUGCCAUGCGUCUAAGGGCGAUCUGCCGAUCGAGAUCACCUGGUUGUUUAAUGGCAAACCCAUCCGUAUUAGUUCCAACAUUGAGAUCACCUCGAUCGGCAAACGAUCUAGCUCGCUGAGCAUUCCGUCGGUCGGGGCGGAUCAUUCGGGGGUGUACACUUGCACUGCAAAGAAUGUUGCCGGUAGUCGCAACCAGUCGGCCGAGCUGUUCGUUAAGGUUCCGCCCAAGAUAUUCCCCUUCAGUUUCGGCGAUGAUCCCAUGAACGAGGGCGAUUCUGGUUCGGUGCAGUGUAACGUACCGUCGGGCGAUUUGCCGAUCGGCAUUAAAUGGUAUUUCAAUGGUGCUGUCAUUGAGGAUCUUGCCACUACCAUCACCAAUAUCGGGAAAAGAGCAAAGGUGCUGACGAUAGACUCUGUGGUGGCACGGCACGCGGGAAACUAUACCUGCGAGGCGUCAAAUCUUGCGGACGUAGUACAUUACAGUGCCUCCCUGGUGGUUAACGUACCUCCGAGAUGGAUUCUUGAACCAACUGAUAAGGCCUUUGCACAGGGUUCGAACGCCAAGGUAGAAUGUAAAGCGGAUGGUUUCCCCAAGCCUCAAGUCACCUGGAAGAAGGCAGUGGGAGACACUCCCGGCGAAUAUAAGGAUCUGCGGUCGAAUGAUUCAAGCAUUCGUGUGGAAGAAGGUUCCCUGUUCAUUCAAAACAUCCAGAAAUCGAACGAAGGAUACUAUUUGUGCGAAGCCAUUAACGGAAUCGGAUCGGGUUUGAGUGCGGUCACGCUGAUCACCGUGCAAGCGCCACCAGAAUUUGUAGAGAAGCUGCGCAACCAAACAGCCCGCCGUGGUGAACCGUCCGUGCUGCAGUGUGAGGCGAAGGGCGAGAAACCGAUUGGCAUCCUGUGGAACAUGAACAACAUUCGUCUGGACCCGAAGUCGGACAAUCGGUACACGAUUCGCGAGGAAAUUCUGCCCAAUGGUGUUACCUCAAGCCUGUCCAUCAAGCGUACGGAACGAAGCGAUUCGGCACUGUUCACCUGCAUGGCGACGAAUGCGUUCGGUAGCGAUGAUACGAGUAUCAACAUGAUCAUUCAGGAACCACCAGAGAUGCCGUACGCGCUGAAGGUGUUGGACAAAUCGGGCCGCACCGUGCAGCUGAGCUGGGCCAAACCGUACGAUGGCAACUCUCCGUUGAAGCGUUAUAUUAUUGAGUUCAAACGAUCGCGAGGAUCCUGGGAAAAUGAUAUUGAUCGGGUGAUUGUACCCGGGGACACGAAUGAGGCUCAGGUGCAGAAGCUAAGCCCGGCCACUACGUACAAUAUUCGCAUUGUAGCGGAGAACGAUAUCGGUGUGUCGGAUCCUUCGGAUGUGGUAACGAUCAUAACGGCUGAAGAAGCUCCAUCUGGCAAACCGCAGGCAAUCAAAGUUGAAGCAAUUAACCAGGCGACACUGCGUGUCAGCUGGAAAGCUCCGGCGCGCGCCGAAUGGAAUGGAGACAUUUUGGGAUACUAUGUAGGAUACAAACAGACAUCGCUUAACACUUUGUACGUGUACGAAACCGUGAACUAUUCGCCCGAGGGUGGAGAAGGCAAGGAACACAAUCUGGAGAUCAAUAACCUGAAGACCUAUACGCAGUAUUCGAUUGUAAUUCAAGCGUUCAAUAAGGUUGGUGCUGGACCAAUGAGCGACGAAGAAAAGCAAUACACAGCGGAAGGUACACCUGAUCAGCCACCAAGUGACACGAUGUGCACAACGCUGACCUCGCAGACGAUCCGCGUAUCUUGGGUAAGCCCACCAUUGGAAUCGGCGAACGGUGUCAUCAAGGGUUACAAGGUGGUGUACGCACCCAGCGAUCUGUGGAAUAACGAUAAGAACAAAGAUUACAAGAAGACAGCUUCCAGUGAUACGGUUUUGCAUGGUUUGAAGAAAUACACCAACUACACGAUGCAAGUGCUGGCAACGACAUCUGGCGGUGAUGGAGUACGCAGUGCGCCAAUUCACUGUCAAACGGAACAGGACGUCCCGGAAGCACCGACCGCAGUGAAGGCUUUGGUAAUGUCCGAAGGAUCAAUCCUUGUUUCCUGGCAACCGCCAGCACAACCCAACGGUUUGAUUUUGCAAUACACCGUGUACAUCAAGAGUGGAGAGCAGGAACCGAAAAGCUACAAAGUGCCAUCGUUCCAAAUAAACUAUGAAGCAUCGGGGCUGGAAAAAAAUCAAAAGUACGAAUUCUGGGUAACUGCUUCCACUACUAUCGGUGAGGGUCAAUCCUCCAAAACACUGUCGGCCAUGCCGAGUGAUAAGGUACCGGCCAAGAUCGCUUCGUUCGAUGAUAAGUUUACGGCCACGUUCAAGGAGGAUGCUAAACUACCGUGCUUGGCUGUGGGAUCUCCAACGCCGGACAUUACCUGGAAGAUCAAGGGCGUAGAGUUUGUACCGAACGAACGCAUCCGUCAGCUGCCCGAAGGUUCAUUGUUCAUCAAGGAUGUUAUUCGUCAGGAUGCUGGUGACUAUACCUGUACCGCGGAAAAUUCGAUCGCCAAAGAUUCGAUUACACAUCGGCUGAUUGUACUGGCACCUCCGCAAUCGCCACAGCUAACACUUACGGCAACAACCACAGAUUCUCUGUCGGUUAAGUUGAAGCCUCAUGAAUCGGAUACCGCUCCUCUGCAGGGUUACACGUUGCACUACAAACCCGAGUUCGGCGAAUGGGAAACAAUCGAUGUUGCGCUGGAAGCACCGAAAUACACGAUCGAAAAACUGUACUGUGGAUCACGUUAUCAAGUGUACGCAACGGCUUACAACACUAUUGGUGCAGGAGAACCGUCCGAUAUUUUGAACACGCGUACAAAGGGUUCGAAACCACUCCUGCCGGAAAAGUCACGAUUCAUCGAAGUGUCAUCGAACUCGAUCACGUUGCAUCUGCCCGCGUGGAAGGAUGGUGGAUGUCGAAUGUCGCAUUUUGUAGUUGAGCACAAGAAGAAGGAUCAAAUUGAUUGGAACCAGAUUUCGAACAACGUCAAGCCGGGUGGAAACUUUGUAGUGCUGGAUCUCGAACCUGCCACCUGGUACAACCUUCGCGUGACUGCGCACAACAAUGCCGGUUUUACUGUUGCCGAAUACGAAUUCGCUACGCUCACCAUGUCGGGAGGAACGGUUGCUCCCAGCUUCGGCUCGGUUCAGCCUGGUACCAUCUACCCGCCGUGGAUACCGCACUGGAUAGACCUGAACGUCAUGGUACCACUGAUCGCAACCGUGAUCGUGGUGGCGGUAGGUGUACUAGUUAUUUGUGUAGCAAUCUCCCGACGCCGAGACGACGAUCCCCGAUGCGGACCGAAGGAUGUAUACUACGAUGUCGUGUACAAUCAGUCGAUGGGACCGGCGGGAGCUGCUACACUGGACAAGAGGCGACCGGAUAUACGCGACGAGUUGGGUUACAUUGCACCGCCGAACCGUAAGCUACCACCGGUACCGGGAUCCAACUACAAUACCUGUGAUCGUGUGAAGCGUGGAACAGUAAUAAGCCAUAAUCCUUCCAUAAAAUCGAACCAUACCACUUGGGACCCGCGACGUCCGUUGUACGAAGAACUGAAGAAGGCUCCACCACCAUUGCCAAGACGUUUCAACCAUCCGCCGGCGUGUUAUGGCAUGGAGGAUGAGAUUUGUCCGUACGCAACGUUCCAUCUGCUUGGAUUCCGGGAGGAGAUGGACCCGACAAAGGCAAUGAACUUCCAAACCUUCCCGCAUCAGAAUGGUAUGGGUGGUCCCGGACACAUGGGCACAAUGGGAUCCAGCAUGGCCAUGCAGGUUCCCAGCCACGUACAUUCACGAUCCGGUUCGCAGUCAAUGAAUCGCUAUGCACGCAAAAAUAGCCAAGGAGGCCAGAGCAGCAUCUACACACCGGCACCGGAAUAUGACGAUCCGGCCAACUGUGCUGAGGAAGAUCAAUAUCGACGUUACACACGCAUCAACUCUCAGGGCGGUUCGCUGUACUGUGGCCCGGGACCUGAGUACGACGAUCCGGCCAAUUGUGCACCGGAAGAUGAUCAGUACGGUUCGCAGUAUGGUGGCAACUAUGGCACACCGUAUGAACACUAUGGCUCCCGAGGAUCCGUAGGCCGCCGUAGCGUUGGUUCACCGGAACCACCACCACCGCCACCACGCAACCACGAUACGAGCAACUCGUCCUUUAACGAUUCCAAGGAGAGCAACGAAAUAUCCGAAGCCGAAUGUGACCGCGACAAUGGUCCGCGUGGGAACUAUGGAGAACCAUCUGAGGCUUCAUCGAAAUCCAACGAUGCAAUUAACGGUGACGAAACAGAGAAAUUAUUGAAAAGAAACGAAGUCAAACCCAAGUACACCAAACAAACAGCAGCCUCCGGUAGCACAGGACUCACAGCCUACGAUACUAUGGCAGUGUAA